GCUGUCAGCUGACGGCCGAGCGGCCGCGGCGGCGCGGGGGGCGGGCGCCGGCACUCGGAGGUGUCCGCUGCCGCCGCGCAGAGCCGCCGCCGGGCCCGGGCCGAGCGAACGCCGCCAUGCCCUCGGAGAAGAGCUUCAAGCAGCGCCGCACCUUCGAACAAAGAGUGGAAGAUGUACGACUGAUUCGGGAUCAGCAUCCCACUAAAAUACCAGUGAUCAUUGAAAGGUACAAGGGGGAGAAGCAGCUUCCAGUUUUGGAUAAGACCAAGUUCCUGGUGCCAGAUCAUGUCAACAUGAGCGAGCUAAUCAAAAUUAUCAGGCGACGCCUGCAGCUGAACUCCAACCAGGCCUUCUUCCUGCUGGUGAACGGGCACAGCAUGGUGAGCGUGUCCACGCCCAUCUCCGAGGUGUACGAGAGCGAGAAGGACGAGGAUGGCUUCCUCUACAUGGUCUACGCCUCCCAGGAGACCUUCGGAGCGCCGGCCUCCGCCUAGGACACGCCGCUGGGCCUAGCCCUGGAUUUGGGUUGACCCUUGGCCAUCACCCCCACUGUUCCCCACACACCCCCCAAGGAAAGAACCGGAUGUCACCUACGCUCUCAGUCCUUAGCAUAGUCUUGCUUUAGCAGGUGUCUCAUCUCACCUUGCCUUGUUUGUGACUAUUAAACAGUACAGACGAGCACCUCCAGCUUUGAAACCUGCCCUAAUAAUAUUCCACACAGGCACAUUUACAGGUCUGGACCUGAUGAAAGGAGCCCAAUUGUGCAUGUGACACUUGCAGAGAAAGGGACACUUGAUUUACUUUUAAUGAGCGAACAGGCACCAGGGAGGAACUAAAGUGUUUCCCGUGAGUUUGCUGGAAAUUCUCCCUACGAUUCCUUAAAUUUUUUUGGUUUUAAAUGGGAAGGUUUCUCAUGAGAGCAAAUGCAUUUUAAUGUUCCAAAGGGGAGCUUUUUCUUCUGCAGCUCCAUCAGACUCGUGUCAGUGCUGCAGGGAGUUAAGGCAAGUGCUCGGGGUGAGCUGGGGAAGGACAACUCUUUGUGUCUCCGGUUUUUGGGCACCGCACGCUCAGGGGCGGCGCCGCUUUCUGGAAUACUCAUACCAAACACCACAGCUUUAUCGUAGUUGUAGGAAGUGUCUAACUGUAAAAUGCACACCCCAACAGGUAACACUGAAAUAAACUCCAGUCUGUUAUGAAUUCCCAAUCCCUGUGUGUUCAUCUGAGCUGGCUUCCAGUGAUCCAUAGGAUCCUGCCCCUAGCCCGGAGGUCGGCCCUUCCCGUGCCUGGCAGUCGGGAGGAGCAGCUCAGGGCCGGGAGCGGCUGCCCAGAGUUGACGAACAAACGAUUUGUGGCAGGGCUGGAGGCUCCUGUGUCCCGGGCAGGGAGCAGGCUGUGCAGAGGGGAGCUCUCCCGUGGGACAAACCUGUGUUUCUCUAGUGCUGUCAGCGAGGCGUGGCGGGAUCCCCGCGGUGUCCGUGUGUCCGCGGUGUCACCGGCUCUGGCGGGGACAGAAGCAAUACUACAGCGCCUGGCACUGCGCGGGGUGCACGCGUUGUACCUCCUCCACCUCGUACCUCCUCCACUCUUUGCAUGCAUCUCCUUUUCCCAGGGCCCCCUGCCCGUUUUUUAUUGUCCUUUGUGUUUUUACUCCGACGUGAACUUUUCGAUGCAGCUUGUUCUCUGUUUAGUUCUGUUCGUGUAAGAACUCGUUUAACUCAUAACUGACAACUGUACUUGUAAUUACGAUGUGAUCGACUGAUAUUCCUGUACAAAUGUUGCUUUUUUAAAAUUAAUACAGUGCUGAUAUGGAUGGAUUACAUCCCAACUUAA